AUGGCAGCCUCAGCGGGCCUGCCUCUCCGAAGACUAGAUCACAAUUUCAACAAUGCCGAAGGAACUAUUCUUUCAUAUGAGCAGAUGCAGUCUAUGACCAUGUCCAAUCCGCUUUGGCAAAAAUAUAUUGGAAACCGCAUGGCCCUUGAAAAGCGUUACCGACAGAUGCCGCAAUCCUAUGAAGAAUCUUUUGCAACAUACUUCAGUGGGUAUCUCCCCGUCGAUUACACGUCUUCGAGCAGCAGGGUCAUGGAUGCCAACGCGGUGGUUAAGAUGGUCCUCACUCUCUCAGAGCUUUCAAUGUCUGAAUCAUCAGACUCAUCAGAGAGUCUCUUUGCCGACGAGAAUGACACCUUGAAAAGGAUAGGAUGGGAAGAUAUUCAAAUUAAGAAGCCUUGUUGGGCACUGCUGUCCCACACAUAUGCUGCAGCGACUACAUGUUCCAGGGCCAGCUCAGAGAAACCAACCCCUAGAUUCUUUAGCUCCCAAAAGUCCUACGGAAAGAAUCCCGUCCUUCUCCAUGUUGAAGGAGUCUCCGAUGAUGAAUUAAGAGAGCAGCUCUGUGAAGCCAGAAAGAACGGAUGCAUUGGCAUCAUAGUCGAAAUCGUGGAAGACCAAUACAACGGAAGGGUCAUGGACCCCAACAUGCUUGCAAGACUGGGUGCUAUGUGCAUGGAAGAACACCUGCUCCUAGCUGUGGACGAAACCCUGACCGCUAUUCGCUGUGGAGCGCCAUUCUCUUUCCAACGGGAAGAGUACUGCAAUUCAGCAUCCCCUGAUCUUGUCUUUUUCGGAAAGGCGCUUGGUGUUCAUGGCACAGCUAUAGGGUUUGGCGGACAGUUUCUAAAGAAGUUUGGGGUCUUUGGAAGCUCACGCUGCCAUUUCAUUCGCAAGUGGCAGAGCCAGCUGCUAAAGCCCAUUGCGCUUUCCGACCUCAUUCGAGCAAUAGCUGCAAUUGACUUGGCCAUUCGGGGGAAUCUCACUAUGCUGAGCAGAAUCAUUGGACACACCCUGAGGGCCUUCAUCCUUGAACAAGCCGAAGAGCGUGGCCACGACGUCAAAGCCCAAGAUGUGCUCGGUGGACUAGAAAGCUUCAUUUUCGUCAGGAAAGACAUCGCUGGGGAGCUACUCGUUAUGGGCGCCAGAACGGCGGAGGAAUGGAUCCCGUGGGUCAAGUGGCUACCGAGGCUUGAGAGGGACAUGUCCAGGAACGAAGUGCUCGAAGACAUCAUCGGAAGUAGAAGUCGACCUGCGCGUGAAGAGCUAUCGGGGAUUCAUUUGCAACUAGGUUCGAAGCCUAGUUGGUGUUUCUGGUGUGGAAGCCGGACAACCGCCAAGAAGAAUGACUGGUGUCAACGAUGCUGUAUUGGCGUUUGCGAUGGAGACAUGUGCAGCCGUCAUUUGCUUCAUCACGUUUGUGUCUGA